AUGCAGAGACGGGCCUAUGUGCACAACUGGCCGACCGGCCGACGACUAAUUGUCUUGUUGGCUGUACUGUUUAUGCCUAGCCUUCCCAUUCACAUGCUUUGCUCCUCCCCCAUUGUGGUCCCUCCCAUCACACCCGGUUAUUCAUCACACAUCCCGUACUUCGACUUCACCAUGGCCUACCUUACCAGUUCGGAUAUUGUUGAUUCCUCGCGCCCGGAAAUCACAAGUGUCUGA